AUGGAGGACUUGGAACCCCAGCGCAAGCGGGCUCGCUCAGACCAGGCGACUACAGGAACCAGUGGCUCCCAGGCGGAGGAUGAAUUUGAGGAGGACUCCGUGCCCUCGGUGCCCUUGCGGCAGCCCCGGCCACCGCUGCUCCAGAAGCUGCUGCAGCGGCUCAGUAAGGGGGCCACGAAAGGGGAUAGAGGCGGCGAGCCCCGCGGAGACGAGGAUGACAUCGCACUUCGCCCUCGCUCCAACCUCAGGCUCCUGUUUCAGCGCCAGCACCUCACAGAGAAGGCCGAAACCCCCAAAGCCACAGUAAAUGAAGAGAGGAGAAAACAGCUGAUCCUCUUCAGCCCCCCUAGGCCUCAGCCAGAGACUCCUCCUUCCCCUCCACCAGAGCGACUUCCGAUCGGCAGCAAUCUGCAGCCCUCUCAGGCCGCCACUUCCGUGAAGGAUGCCUUUGAGAAGGCAAGGAAGGCAGCUGGGCUACAAGCCCGCAUCCAAGCCCGGUUGGCGCUGAUGCCAGGACUCACUGGCGAUACCGGUAUGCCGGGCCUGGCCGGUCUCCGUGCCAUGGGCCUUGCACGCCCCAGGGUGGCGUUCAAAGAGCAAACUAAACCGACACCACUGAUCCUGGAUGACCAGGGUCGCACUGUAGAUGCAACGGGCAAGGAGAUCGAGCUGACUCGCCGCAUGCCUACUCUGAAGGCCAAUAUCCGUGCUGUGAAAGGGGAACAGUUCAGGCAACGGCUAGCGGAAAAGCCAUCAGAAGACACGGGGUCCAAUACCUUUUUUGACCCCCGAGUCUCAACUGCCCCUUCCCGGCGCUGGAGACGCACUUUCAAAUUUCACCACAAGGGCGAAUUUGGGAGGACUGCCCAACGAUUACGGACAAAAGCUCAACUGGAGAAACUGCAGGCAGAGAUUUCAGAGGCAGCUCGAAGAACAGGCCUCCACACUUCAACCGAACCGGCCCUCCUUGCUCCGAAGAAGGAGCUAAAGGAAGGUGAUAUCCCUGGAAUGGAGUGGUGGGACUCUUACAUCGUCCCCAAUGGUUUUGCCCUGACAGAGGAAAAUCCCGAGAGGGGAGAUUAUUUCGGAAUCAGCAAUCUUGUGGAGCAUCCAGCCCAGCUCAAUCCUCCGGUCCACAGGGAGCCUCCCCUUACUCUGGGGGUCUAUCUCACCGAGAAGGAAAGGAAGAAACUUCGGAGGCAAACCAGGAGCGAAGCACAGAAGGAACUACGAGAGAAAGUCAGGCUGGGCCUGAUGCCUCCUCCAGAACCCAAAGCGAGACUUUCCAACUUCAUGUGGGUUUUAGGAGCGGCGGCUGCUCAGGACCCCACGAGGCUGGAAGCCCAGGUCAGAGCUCAGAUGGCAAAAAGACAGAGCGCGCAUGAAGAGGCCAACGCUGCCCGAAGACUCACAGCAGAACAGAGAAGGGUCAAGAAAAUUAAAAAGCUGAAAGAAGACAUUUCAGAGGGGGCACACGUAUCUGUAUAUCGCGUUCAAAAUUUGAGCGAUCCAGCAAAGAAGUUCAAGAUUGAGGCCAAUGCUGGGCAGCUGUACCUGACAGGGGUGGUGGUGCUGCACAGGGAUGUCAACGUGGUAGUGGUGGAAGGGGGCCCCCAGGCCCAGAUGAAAUUUAAGCGUCUCAUGCUGCAUCGGAUACACUGGGAUGAACAGACUUCUAACACGCAGGGAGAGGAGGAGGGGGAAUCUGAUGAGGAAGCGGUGAAGAAAACCAACAAGUGUGUACUAGUCUGGGAGGGGACAGCGAAAGAUCGGAGCUUUGGGCAGAUGAAAUGCAAACAGUGCCCUACAGAGAACAUGGCUCGGGAGCAUUUCAAGAAGCACGGGGCCGAACACUACUGGGACCUGGCGCUGAGCGAGUCUGUGUGGGAGACCACCGACUGA